CGCAGCUCCGCCGUGGUUUCGGUUGAGCAUUCUUGGCAACGGCUCGCUCGGUGAACAGGCAGCCAACCGUCGGCCAACGGCUGUUUCCACAACGGCUGGAGAAUUAUUUUAACGGAUAACCGGAGCCGAGCGGAAACACCGGAGCGGCGCCAGAGUAAAACACUGAGCCUUCCCUUCCUGCACUGUGACGUCCAACCUCACCACACCUGCUUCACCUGCAUACUGCACAGCUGAAGGCAGAACAAGAGCACUCAAACUACUUCGGGACAGAAGAAAAGAUGGGCGCUGUGGCCGUGAGCAUCCGCAGGGAGAAACUGGAGGACACCAAAGACCUGAAGGACCAGUACCAGUACCGCCUCAUCGUCAGAACCAGCGAGCUUGUGACCCUGCGAGGCUCCAUUUUAGAGGAUGCGGUGGCGUCUACAGGGAGGCACGGCACAGUGCGGGGUCUGCCGCUCAAGGAGGUCCUGGAGCAGGUCGUCCCCGAGCUCAACGUCUCCUGUCUGAGACUGGCGCUCAGCACACCGAAAGUCACAGAGCAGCUCCUCAAACUGGACGAACAGGGGUUAAGUCAGAAGCACAAGGUGGGUGUUCUGCUGUGCCGUGCGGGCCAGAGUACAGAGGAGGAGAUGUACAACAAUGAGGAGGCGUCACCCGCCUUCUCUGCCUUCCUGGAGCUGCUGGGGGAGCAGGUGCUUCUCAAAGGAUUCACCAAAUACGCCGCACAGCUUGACGUAAAGACGGACUCUACGGGCACCCACUCCCUGUACACCACCUACCAAGGCUACGAGGUCAUGUUCCAUGUGUCCACCAUGCUGCCGUACAUGCCCAACAACCCCCAGCAGCUCUUGAGAAAAAGGCACAUAGGGAACGACAUUGUCACCAUAAUCUUUCAGGAGCCGGGAGCGUUGCCUUUCACCCCUCAGAAUAUCCGCUCACACUUCCAGCACGUCUUUGUUAUCGUCCGUGUGCACAACCCCUGCUCUGAAAACACCUGUUACAGUGUUGCUGUGACAAGAAUGAAGGAUGUGCCUCCCUUCGGCCCACCCAUCCCCAGCGGUGUCACCUUCCGUGACCCAGAAACCUUUCGUAACUUCCUUCUAGCCAAAAUUAUCAAUGCAGAAAAUGCAGCGCACAAGUCUGAGAAGUUCCACACCAUGGCGACACGAACGCGGCAGGAGUACCUGCGCGACCUGGCUGAGAACUACGUCAGCAGCACGCCGCUCGACUCAGCCGGCAAGCUUAACAAUCUCAUCUCCCUGGCGUCCAAAAAACGUGAGCGCUCCAAGGCAAGAGAGGGAGCGGAGCUGGGAGCCGCGGGGGCCGUCGCCUGGAGGGUCCUAGCCCAGGACUUCAGUGGAGGCGGGACAGAGCUCCCCUGUGCCUUGGGUUUGUCAGCAGAAUACAUCCUCCUGACAGAUUGUUCCACCAAAGAGGUGGUGUUUAACUGCUUCUGUGCGGACGUGAUCGGCUGGACGCCGGAGCGGCUGGCGCUGAAGAUCUUCUACGGCAGAGGAGACCACAUCGCAGUGCGGGUACCAGAGGGCUGCGCACAGGACAUCAGGGAGGUGGUGCAGAGAUUAAAGUCUUUGACAGUAGGAUGUGAGACGGUGGAUAUGACUCUGAGAAGAAACGGACUGGGACAACUGGGCUUCCAUGUUCGCCUGGAUGGCACUGUGGCCGAGGUGGAGGAGUAUGGCUUUGCCUGGCAGGCGGGACUGAGACAGGGCAGUCGGUUAGUGGAGAUCUGCAAGGUGGCCGCGGUGACGCUGACUCACGAGCAGAUGAUCGACCUGCUGAGGACGUCGGUCACGGUCAAAGUGGUCAUCAUUCCUCCGUACGAAGAAGGGGGGCCUCGCAGGGGCUGCACAGAGGAGUAUGAGAUGAAGACCAUGGAGCAGAAGCCAGAACCUGAGCCUCUGGCAGCAGGCUACCGGCCCGCCCCUCGCCCCACGUGGCGUUGGGACAGCCCACCCAUUCCUCCAGGGCUCCACAGCGCCCCCAACCCGCAGCGCUGGGCCUCCAUAGGUCCCCCACCUCCUCCGCUGCCCCGCUCACACAAGACCCUGAUACCGGUUCCCUACAGGGAGCCUCAGCACCUCAGCAACAUGAAGAGGCCAAUGAGCUACCCAGAGAACCACUACACUCUGUCUCCUGCAGGAGGCGACAGAGUGCUGCCCUACAGAAACCCCUCAGCCAGCUUCUCCUCGCCCUCCUCAGGCCUGGUCAGCCUCUCCGCGAUGGGGCCGCCUGGAAUCACACCAGGCCCCUUCGUACGCUACAAACCCUCACCUGACAGAUAUGGAACAGCACAGCGCUCCCUGCUGCCCUAUGAGCCCCACCUCAGUGUGGACAUCACCUCCAGUGGAGAGUCCUCCUCAGGCUUCACCAGUCAGGAUAGCACCAUGGAGCGCUGCAAAACAGAGCCCCUCUGGCAUGUCCCAGUGUCGUCGUCUCGUGGACCGGCAGGUGGAGGGGGGCAGAGGAGAGUACCCAGACAGGAUGUCCCGGGGAAAGAUUCUCCAAACAGACACUCGAAGGGCGAGACUCAGUACUCCAGCCACUCCAGCAGCAACACCCUGUCCAGUAACGCCUCCAGCAGCCACAGCGACGAGCGCUGGUUCGACGGAGGAGCCGGAGGAGAGCGAGGAGGCGGGGGUUGCCUCGGCGACCCGGCCGACCCCGACCCCGACCUUCUCAACAAGGGGGGAUCUAACGACAGCGGCAUCGAUGCCUCAACCCACUACAACAGCGCUCGACACGGCAACGUGACCAACAACCAGUCCCACAAACCCAUGCACAGCUUCGUGACCUACAGCGGCAUGCAGGAGCUGUCCGUGGGAAGGAGCAGCGGCGGGGGGGAAGCGAGGAGACGAGAGUCUUCGCCCGUCAUACCAGCGGCAGCCAAUAAGAACAAAGGAUAUCGGACGAGGACGUUCCCGCCUCCUGGCUCCAGCGCUGAUAAAAUGGAUGCUUUCAAACCCAGGGCCUACACACCGCAGGGUUACAAGACUCCGACAGCUGAGAAAACCCGGCCGGUCCGAGCCGCUACGACCACACCCACUUCAGCUCAGUUAGGCUCCAUCCCUCUGUCCAGCUCUGCCCCCAAGGCCUUAUAUGGGAAGAGCAGGCCGAGCGCCUGGCAGAACGAAGACAGCAGCCCGUCACCUUCAAACGCAACCACAACGUCCAGCUCCGACAGCAGCAGCAGCAAGAAGCAGGUGGACACAAACUCAAAGAACGUGUUCGGACAACCUCGUCUCCGAGCGUCACUGAGGGACCUGCGUUCUCCGCGACGGACUUACAAAAGUACCAUCGAAGACGACUUGAAGAAACUGAUAAUCAUGGACAACCCGGGAGAGACGCCUCAAAGAGAUCCGUCUCCCAGACGAACCCUGCAGCGCACCUUUUCAGACGAGUCACUGUGCAGCGGGCGCAGGGAGGCCAGCUUCGCCAACUCUGAGAACCAGACGACCCCCACUGACCUGUUCACCUGCACUCUGCCCGCACGCAGACACGCCCCCUCCUCCAACCACAUGCAGAACAAGAAGGUGCCUCUGUCUGCCUCAGAACUGUCUCUCACAGAAGUUAGAGACAAAGUUCCCCCCCUGAGGAGGCUCGAUCCCGGGCUGAUGCCUCUUCCUGACACAGCCUGCGGACUGGAGUGGUCCAGCCUGGUCAACGCCGCUAAAGCCUACGAAGCACAAAGAGCAGUUUCCCUCUUCUCGCUGACUGAGCCGCAGGUUGGAGGUCCAGACAUGAGACCAGUCGUCAGUCCAGUCCAGUUUCUCACUCCUCAGACACCUCGGACCACACCGACCUUCAGCGGGGACGAGGUGCCCAACGAUCUGUCUGGUCGACUCUACCACCUGGAAGUGAUGUUAAAACAGCUGAACAACGACCUGGAAAGAUACAGGUGGAGAGCAUGACCGCCAGCGAGCAGCUGCGCAAGUUCAGCCGGAUCUUUACUAACCUGGACAAGACGGAAAAUGACCAGGAGGCUCACUCCCUAACACACGAAACCGACUCAAAGAGGGAGUGAGGUCGACGCCUGAAGAAGAGGAAGAGGAGUGUGGAGAGAGAGAGAUUUGAUUUUUAAAAAUGCAACACUCCCAGAAAGCCUGUGCACAGACAGAGCAGAGACCCUCCCUCUCUAUUCUCUGAGCCCGUUUAUUUUUAUAAACUGAAGUCAGAACGUCUUAUAUACUUGUCUUAUAUAUGAAUACACGUGCUACUAUGCCAGAGGAGCGAGUAGGAGAGCAGACUGACUGUUUUAGAGAACACUACAUCACCUGGAGAGGCCUAAUACUGUUCCUGCAGCGAAUCAGCCAAAAGAAAAAGAAAAAU